CAGGAGGAGCGCGUCUCUGUGUACCAGUGCUUCGAGCUCACGCUUGGCUGCGCGCGGCCGUCAUUUAGCGCAUCCCCGUGCUGCUCAGCGAUGCCGUUGGAGAGGACGGGACGCGCACGCAUAUCUCGGUGACACGGAACCGCACGGAGCGCAUGGAGAGCUGAGAACGGGGAAGAGCAGCAGGUUUCCGCGGGAAACAUGUCCACAGCGGGCCGCUUCGAGCUCAGCAGCCCGUUAGGAGCCGCGCUUUACCCACUGGAAGACUUGUUUUAGGAAAAGCACCGCGUCUUUGCGUCCGCUUCAGCGCGAUAAGCAGCACAAGACAAGUCACAGUCCGGUUUUCUCGCCCCCCGGAUUUCGGUCCAGUUCUUCCCUGGCAGCAUGUUGGAGAUCGGGACUCUGCUGCUGCUGCUGCUGUCGGUGUUUUCUGCGUCCGGUGAACUCCAGCAGGAGACGGAGCAACGGAGGCUUCCACCCCCGGGAAAGUUGGAUUUCGGUUAUGUGCCUGCGGGAGUUUACGAGACUCUGGCCCAUUAUGAGCCGGGACCCAUCGGGAUUCUGUUCCACUUGGUGCAAAGCUUCCUGCGCGCAGUGCAGCCCAACGCUUUCCCUCACGAUCUUAUCAUUAAACUGGCAAAAGACAAGUUUGGAGCCAUUCAGGCAGAAUAUCAAAAGCCAGAGAACAUUGUGCUGACUCUUCAGGCCAUCUACUAUGAGGUAGGCUUCCUGGUGUGUGCCGCCGUGGGGCUGCUCUUCGCCGUCCUCAUGCCCGUCGUGGGGCUGUUUUUCUGCAUGUGCCGCUGCUGUGACAACUGCGGCGGCGAGAUGCACCAACGCCAGAGGAAAAACGCAGACUGCCGGCGCGGUCUGCUGGGAACGCUCCUUUUCUCCACGUCGCUCGUCAUCACGAUUGGGGUGUUGUGUUCAUAUGCUGCCAACCAGAACCUGAGCUCACAGGUGAAGAAUAUUCGACGGCUGGUCAACAGCAACAUGAGAGACCUGCACACCUUUGCUAAUGACACACCAAUGCAAAUUGAUUACCUAAUAUCUCAAUAUGCAACAGCCAAGAAGAAAGUCAUCUAUGACCUAAAUAAUAUAGGUCCACUGCUGGGGGGCAGGAUACAGACAGAGCUGCAUAAGGAAGUCCAUCCUGCCCUGGACCAAGUUCUUAAUAUGGCCGGAGUGAAAAUCCAGAGAGCCAUCAAAGCCAUGCGAGAAACCAAGGAGGCCCUGGAGAAUGUCAGCGUGUCCCUUGUUGUCCUCCAAGAGGGAACUGGGAAACUCAGCUCUGACCUGAGCCAGGUCCGCAGCAGCAUCAACAGAACCCUCAGUGACCCAGACUGCUAUGAUGAAGAGUCAGACGCCACCACAGUCCAGCUCUGCCACAGCAUCCGCCAGUCACUGCCACAACUGCAGAUUGGUGCAAAUUUCACACGGCUGCCCAACGUAAACUCUCAGCUUGAAAGAAUAAAUGGAGUGGUGAAAACAGACCUCAGUGCUGUUGUCCAGAGGGGCUUCUCCUCUUUGAACGACACCCCAGACAUGGUGAUGGAACAGACGCGAAGUGUUGUCGACAGUGUGCAAAGUUUGAUGGAUGGGAUUGGCAACAACAUCAGCACCUUCUCCAAAGUAUUUCCUGUUCAGAGUUUCCUCUCCAACUACACCAUCUUCAUCAGCCAUGCACACGCCAAGAUCGAGGACUGCUACCCAGAAAUUGACAAAAUUGACUUCUACAGGUGGAUAGGCUGCAUUGCCCUGUGCUGCAUGGUGGUUUUGGUGUUGGCCUUCAACUACCUGGGACUCCUGUGUGGCACCCUGGGAUACGACAAACACGCCUCGCCAACAACACGAGGAUGCAUCUCCAACACAGGAGGAACUAUGCUUAUGGCAGGCGUUGGGUUUAGUUUCAUCUUCUCCUGGGUGCUGAUGGGAGUGGUCACAGUCCUGUUCUUGGCUGGAGGAAACAUGGAGAAACUCGUCUGUGAGCCGUUCCACAACAAAGAGCUCUUCAAGGUUGUGGACACGCCGUAUCUAAUCAACCCAGAGUGGAAGAACUUCAUCCCUGGUUACAUGUACAACGACUCGGAGCUGGAGCUGACGGUGGAAAGCUUGUACAGCACUUGUAAACAGAAUAGAGGCAUCUAUUCUGCCAUGCGUCUGGACAAAAUCUUCAACAUGUCGUCUUUCCUGAACACGACUCUGUUCACUAAGGAUGUGGUGGACAAGCUGGAAGGGGUUAAGAUUGACUUGAGAGGGAUAAUCCUGUUGGAGGCAGAUGGGAAGCAGAACCUCAGGGAUUUCUCUGAAGUUGGGCUAUCAGAGAUCAACUAUGCCGACUACCUGGAAGAGGUGAAUAAAGGAGUCACUGAGGUCGAUUUGCUCUCAUUCACCAGAGAGCUGGAGUCUCAGACAGACCUCAUGCCCAGGGGUCCUCUGCAGACCGCCCUGAAAAACCACGUUGGGACUCUGCAGCAGAUCCACAAGCAGCAGGUCAUCCCCAUGGAGCAGACCUUGAAAUAUGUUAGAGCAAGGAGCGCUCUUAAUCAGAGUAUGAGGUUCCUCGAAAGAACAGCCUCUGACCUUUCAAACAAAGUCAUAGCUGUUCUAGAUGCUGUUGAAGCUGCUCAGUACCUCAUCUCCCAGAAUGUUACACUUUUAAUCAAUCAGGAAACACGAAAAUACACUGCGACCAUAAUUGGCUACUUCCAUCAAUACAUAGAAUGGGUGAAAACAUCUUUGGCAGUGGAGGUAGCCCCAUGCAAACCAUUCAGCAACAUCCUGGACACGGCGGAGAUCAUGUCCUGUAGCUUCCUGGUGGACUCCAUGAACGUUUUCUGGAUGGGUCUAGGCUGCAGCACGCUGUUCCUGCUCCCCAGUGUCAUCUUAGCCGUUAAACUAGCCAAGUAUUACCGCAGGAUGGACACAGAGGAUGUUUAUGAUGAUAUGGAAAUGGGUAAUAAUGGUUAUCAUAGGGAGAUCUUACAAGGAGUUCCAAACGCUGCGAUGUCCAGCAUCCCUACCUAUGAUACCAUGAACAGGUUCCCACGGGCCUCAGCCCCUCCGAGGCACAUCGACUGGUGACAAAGAGCUGGUUCUUGUUUUAGCUCCUGACAGUGCUUUGGAAAACUGGAACUAAAGAACACAACAGGCUGUCAUGUCAACAUUUCUGCUCAAGAACAAAAGCUUUUUUCCCAGUGGAUGAAAACACCUCCAACAACAGGAAUUCCUGCAGGGGAUUUUUUUUAAUCCAUUGAAAUUUCUCAGACUGGUUCGUUUGUUGCCUGCAGAACAGCAAACUCCUCCCGUCUGGAUCAACUGUGAGCCUGGCUUGUUCUGCAUUUUUUUUGAAAGAAUUGCAUUGUCUGUGUUUACAUUUAUUCAGGCUGACAUCAGUUUCAACCAGAGGUUUAUGUUUAUUUUGCUGAAGAAGUCACAGCAAGACAAGGAGAUGUUGAUUUUUGCCUUCACUUCUAAUGGAUGGAACAUUUUCACAUAGUAAAAAAUGGGUCAUUUUGUUUAAAAAUACUGGUGAUGAAACUGAAUCAGUGUUUUUUUGUUGAAAAUGCACAUUCUUUUGAACGGAAGUGUGUGCGAGGCUGACUGACAUUCAGAACAAAGCUUGCAGGGCUUUAAAAGAAAACUAAGGAGAACUUUGAAAUGUUACAUAAAAGCUUGUCCUUGCUGGUUACAGACACCCUGUAUUCAACUGCUGCCUAUUAGAUUCAUGUUUCACUCUGAAUUUUUACAGAUUUGUUCCUCAGUAGAGAAAAAUAACAUCCAUAUUGCAGAUGCUGCAUGAUGAAUUAUAUUCAUCUAAACCUGUAGCACCUUGUCAUGUCAAGUGUUUACACUGACAUUUUUCUUCUAAGAAAAUGACUUCAUUCACAGAAAAUAAGACCAUAUUCUUAUGGAUCAUUCCUCAUCAGAUGAUGCCUUCUGACCUAAAAAAAUAGUGAAAAAAAUAGUUUGUGUUUUUUUUCAAUAAUUACAUAAUAAACAAACAUCAAAACAAAAUCCCAUCACAACCAUAACCAUAGUGGAAGCAUAUUUUCUUUUAAAAUCAAAACUAUAGUACAGAUCGUUUGUGCAGUUUGGGUUAACAAAAUGCUAAGUGUUUUAGUUUCCCAGUGUGAAUCUAUGACUGAUUUUAAGUUCACUGGUAUUUUUAGUGAGUUUUCAUUUGCUGUCAAAGUAGUGAGAUAUUAAAUUGAAUACUUAACUCUCAAGCCAAAUUUGUUCAUAAAGGUCCAUCAUUGAUGCUUUUGCUUAUUUUUCAGAUGCUUUUGUAACUAUUUGUAGUUUUGAAAUAUGAAACAAGUGCAUGUAUUCAAGAGCUUUGUUUUCUUUUCUAUUGUUGCUUUAUAAAGACAAGUUAUGCUGAAAUCUGUCUUAUAAUAUUUUGGGCAACCUGCCUCCUUCUGCCCGCCUCGCCUUCAUGUUUACAGGUUAGAUUUUCAGCUGCUGUAAGUAGAGAAAAAAAUAUAAAUUAUACAUAAACAACUGUUAGAAGCUUGCAAUCAGUCUGGGUGGUAAACGCAUGCUCUAUUGUUCCACCGCUUCAGUCAGUGCAGUCUGAAAACAAACUGUCCAUCAUAACACUCAGAAUCCAGUUUAUGUUGACAGAAUAAAUUCAAUUCAUUGAUUAUUUUGUUUGAUUGAGGAGAAAAAUGUCAAAUAUCUUUGAAUGUUUACAUUUCUGUUAAAAGAUCUGAAGAAAAACUAGCAACACUUUUUUAUAAUAUGACAAGAGUCUCAUUAAAGCUUCAGCAGUUCCACAUAGCUCAUCAUGUGAUUCUGCAACUACCAACUCUGUUUUAAAGAUUUGAAUUGAACUUGUUAGGAUGUCUUACAGUUUUUCUCCAUUGGUUCGGCUCAUUUCUUGAAACAGAAAUUACAUUCUCAAAAUUCUUUCGUUGGCAAAACAGUCUUACAGUUCAGCACAACACUAUAGCUCACUUGCAAAAUCUAAUAUAUCUCCCAAAACUGUUCACUCAUGCUUCAAAACUAAAUUCCUUUCCCAUGUAAACAGUCAGUGCCACCAAAAUGGCAAAGAUCUUUCUCAAUUGCUUUGGCUCAUUUCUUGAUCAGACAGGACGUUCUCAACACUCUUGGUGCUUUUGUCAAAAUAAUAUGGAUGGUUCAGCACAACACCAUGGUUCACCUGCAAAAGCUUAUAUCUCUCCCAAAACAAUUCACUCGUGUCAAAACUAAGUUUCCUUCUCAUUUAAACAGUCAGUGCCUCCAAAAUACUUUGUCCCUUUGGCAUUGUGUAAGCACUGCAAGUCAAAAUGAGUAGAUGUUUGGUCACUAUAGCAGAGGAGGACCAUUGAAAUAACCCUCAUGUCCACCUUUAUUGACAAUGGUUGUUGUACUGUUUUGUAUAGCUAACAGAAUUUUUUUUUUUAUGAAACUGAAAAAAAAAAAAAA